UAGUUAGCUGUCGUCCAGAUCAACAAGCCUGUAUUUUGGAAGCAGAUUGAUAAACACUCGCUGGUCCUCAGUCAGUUGCUAUCGUUCUGCCUCAAGAGUCACCCGUGGCCAGCGGUAAACCAGCACCAAACUGUUAAACCACGUUAAGGUUUGAAGACAUCGCUAUUUGAACUUUUUUUGCAGGCAGUUCGCUUUUCAAUUCAUUUCACGUCAUGCUUUAAUAUUUUGUAUUUUUUACUAUUUCAAUAUUAAGCCGAGGCAGCAGCAGCUUCCAGCCUUAACCAAAGCUCUUUUAACACGUUUUUUAACGUCAGGCAUUCUCUAUUUUGCUUUUGUCAACAAGCACCUUUUUUUGCCGAAGAUUAACAAGAAGACCCACGACAUUCAACUAGCAUUUUUGUAUCUGAAACCGGGUUGUUAGCAUCAGUCUGAGCUAACCAGCUAACGACACCCCCUUACCUUGGUUUUGUCUACUACAAUUUAACUGUGCGUCUAUCACCAGAUCCGAAACACCAUCGUUGGAUUCUUUUUUUUUUUACAUUUUAUUUGUUUGAUAAAAUGGCAGCUGUCGGAAUGGUACAGAUGUUGAUCGAAGCGGCUGAGUUCCUUGAUCGCCGGGAACGAGCAGCCGAACAUGGCUAUGCCUCCAUGCCACCCUUCGUCAGCAGUCGAGAGAGGGAAAGCUUGAAAAGGAAAAGCAAAAGCAAGAAAAACAUGAGUACCAGGUCUUCGCACAAUGAAAUGGAAAAGAUCAGACGGGCGCAUUUACGGCUGUGUUUAGAGCGCUUAAAACCCCUCGUUCCUCUGGGACCAGACACCAACAGGCACACCACACUGAGCCUGCUGAUGAAGGCCAAAGAUCACAUCAAGCGGCUGGAGGAGAGCGACCGAAAAGCUCAGCACACUUUAGAGCAGCUACAGCGAGAGCGGCGACACCUGAGGAGGCGUCUGGAGCAGCUGGGGGUGGAGCGGACCCGCAUUGACAGCACCGGCUCCACCGUGUCUUCGGACAAGUCCGACUCUGACCAAGAGGACCUGGAUGUGGACGUGGAGGGGACGGACUACUUGAUGGGCGACCUGGAGUGGAGCACCAGCAGUGUGAGCGACUCAGGGGACGAGCGCGGCAGUCUGCGCAGCAGCUUCAGCGACGAGGGCUACUCCAGCGCCAGCCUGCUGCGCCUGCAGGACACUCAGGAGAUGAGCAAGCAGCUGGGCUGCAGCCUAUAAGCUCCACUGCUGAUGGACUCGAUGCUCUCCUGCCCCAUGAUUGUGUCCCAGCCUGGGCCCGUUCAGACCGACUGCCCUCUUCUCACCUCACCCAGAGGCUUCCCUGCAGCCGGGCCUCCAGCUCUCACUUUCAUCCAGACUUCAGCACCGCCACCUCCGCCAUCAUCAUCAUCAUGAUCAUCCUCAUCAUCAGCUGAGGCAGUCAGUCUGUACCAAUCGGCAGAGAGGGCUGGUGAAGACCGACCAUCCCCAGUGAAACCUCCGUCCAACAGAAUCACAACUUUCAGCCAGAGAAUGUUACCACACAAUGUCCCACUGCCUCUUUUAUCUGUGCCUCCAGAGCCAUUACUGGAACGCACACACAAACACACAUGCUAAACAUUGGCGCGCACACACACACACACGUCUCCCUCGUCCCCUGAGGCUGAUUCAAAGGUGGGCGCCAUCUUAGUAAGCAGUCGACGCCCCUUCCCUCCGCACACUCCACCUGCAGCAGUAAUGUCCCACUGACACUGUGUAAGGAGUCAGAGAUCAAAUGUGUCAAGGCGACGACGGCAAUACGAGCCCCAUGACACGCACACUUUGGUUGGCCGACGCGCUAUCCAUACCUGACACAGAAAACAUGAGGAACGUUGCAUGAGAUUGUGAAGUGGCCGGGGUUUGGGAGGUUUUUUUUUUGCUUUUAUUUUUGGGGGAUGACAUUUCUGCUUCUUUCUCACGCUCUCUCCGAUGACUGUGGGGGUCAAACAGCAGCGUUUAACAUCCAAAUCUAGGGCCAUGGGUUGUGUUGGAGUGGAGACUACCGAACCCAGGACUAGACUCCAGACAGCACUAGUCACUGGCGGUCGAGCGCUGGUGCUCCAAUGCGAGCUGCUUCACCACACGACCGACGAUGGCGGUGGGAAUGUCCACCUACUGCGACCGGCUCAGACCGACCCCCGCACAUUCCGCUACGUGAUAGGACAGGAGGGCCUCGACCUUCGCCCCCGCCAGAGAGCUGAAGCAAGCCGAAAUGUCCGCCUCCACUCAAACAACAGAAAAGCUCCUCAGUUUAUGAGCGAUCGCCCAAACGACACCAAAAUGUUGACACAUAUUAAUUUAUUUCCUUUUGCCUUGCCUUCAUAGCUCUAUAUUGUUUCUUCGGAUAUUAACAAUGUUCACCUUGUAAUGUAAAUAGUUUUACAGAAAGAUCUCUAUGUCUAUCAAAGUAUUUAUUAGAUCUACUAAAUAUAUAGAUGAAUAUAAAUAUAUAUUUAAUUAGUCAUAGCUUUUGUUCUUCUUGUGAGUUUUAGUUUUACACGUGUAGUUUGUUUGCACAGCCUAGGCAAUCCAUGGAAUAUUUACAGUCGUCUCUUGUGCCUCGAGGCUUUGUGUCUGUUCGCAAUUCAGCACGGUGCUCAGAGAAUUGUUUUCCCUUUCAUUUUCUGUGGUUGAUGGUUAUUUCUCCGACGCCAGCUGGCUCGUUCUGUCUCCCGCCAGAGACAUUAGGAUGGAUUUAUAUGGGGAAAAAAAUCGGAAUAAUUGUAAAAAAUUAGGAAAAAAAAAGAUAAAAAAAGAAGUGAAGUCGGUGGUUAACAUGGCGGGGGGUUGUUUCCCUGACCUUUCCCGCCCCACGAGACUGGUGCUCUUGGUCGGGAAGGCAGGAGGUGGAUUGUGGCUUAUUUUGAAUGUAGUUGCCAACACAAGCUCCCACUUUUGCGUUAACAUUUUUGGAAUCUCACCGCAAGCAUGAUGGAACACCCCGACCCCCCCACAAAAAAAAUAGAACAAAGUAAUAUUGAAAAAAAAAAGGUCGUAAAAACAAGAUUAUUAAUAUUUUUGAGUGUGGAAUGCUGCUCUUUUGUCCAAUAAUAGCGGGGAAAUGUGUAGCCACGAUUAUAAAGUGAAAUGUAUAGUGAAAUAGAUGCGAGUGGUGGGCGUGUCCGCCGAGACACGCCGUCUGUGGACGUGUGCAUGUGUGUACAGAGUGAGUGUGUGGGACUGUGCGUGUGGGUCACUGUCUCCAGAGAGAAUUAUCUAUAGGGGGAGGGUAGUUGAAAUAUAUUGGCUUCGAAUUACGAUGCAAAACUUGACAUUGAUCAAUGUUUGGAUCCAUGUGAGAAUGGAUUUCACUUCUGUCCCACUUGUUGAUUGUCAGCCAAAUAAGUGCGGUGCACACGAGUCCUGCAGCGAAGGCGUCCAUGGUGCAGGCGGGGCUCGUGGGGGGGCAGCUCUCAACCCUACAAUCAAACAGAUAAAGCCCCCCUCCACCCCUCGCCUCCUUCUGCAAACCUUGGUGCUUCAAGAGGCCGACGGGAAACUCAAAAGAACUUUGGUUUUGGAUUCGUUUUGUUGGUUCGCACAGCUAAUCCCGGAAUCCAACAUGGCUGAAAAGGCCUGAAGUGUGUUUUGAAUAAUCGGUCAUUCCUCUUCAUCGUGACGUCUCAGGCGUGGUGCUCUUCGGCAAUACACACACACACACACUGUUUCCCAUCAUCGCUACAUCCACGUGGUGGUCGCCUGCUGCCUUCUCUCUUCGGGAGGGUCACACUUGUCGGGUGAAGACGGACUUUUUGUGCACUUACAGAAAUCACUUCCAAUGUGGGAAAAGCCCCUUCGUAGGAGAAUUGUUGGGGGCAGCGAUUUAUAUUUGCCGGCGAUAUUGAAAGAAUAAAACGUUUGAAACCCUUGUUUACCUACCUCACGUGUCACUGUCUUCAUUCUCUUCAAUCCUCACCUGGUGCUCCAGGGAGACGCGUCGCCCCUCCCCCGCUCAUUACAAUGUAAUA